AUGCUGCCGGUUCUGCUGCUGCUCCUACCAGCCCUCAGUCCGGCUGUGGCCUGGAUUCCAGUAAACGAUUGGGAAUCUGGAAAUGUGACCGCGUCAGUGGGGGAGUCAGAUCAGUGUGUUUGUCAUGUGUACCUGCCUGACACCACCUUCCCUGCCGACCGCCUUCAGCAUGUGCAAGAAACCAGCAAGGAUCUGAUAGUGGAAGUGGACAUCCAAAUAAACAAGAUGGUGAGUUAUGAGGGCCAGCUGGAGGUCUAUCUAAACCAACUGAAGAACCUGACAGUUAGAUUGUCCAUGCUGCAGAACAGCACUGAAGAUUACAUCAAACUGGACUUUGAGUUGCUCAGGGCUGAGCUCAGAGAUUUUGAGGCUCUGGUGUCUCAGCUCAGAGACUCCCUGAGCUCCUCCUCGCCCAUAUUCGACAGUCUCUACACGGAGAUCCACAACAUGACAGACAUUGUGAACCAACUGGAGAGUUAUGACAAGAGCAACCUGGUAGUGAUCCGCGCUGAGUUUGCUGAGCUGCAGAGGAAGCUGAAGGAGUGCCAGGAGGAGCAAGAUUCAAUCCAGCCAGAUAUUGGCAACUGCAAUCAUACAGGAAUCAUGAGCAUCAGCAAACCAGUGGUGAUCCAGCUCAAUGCUCACUUGUCUCCAAGUUACCGGUACGGCGGCUGGGGAAAAGACUCCAAACCUCAACCAGGUCAUGAGUCGAUGUACUUCUAUCUUGCAAACACCUCUGCCACAGUCCAUGACUUCAGCUUGUACUCUGACUAUGAAAAUCUCAUUCUGAGGUCUCCAUUCACAACCUAUUCCUUACCAAGUUCGGCAGUAGCUACUGGAAACAAUUACAUUGUUUACAAUAAUAAGUUAUUCUAUCAGCGCAAAGCUCCGUACAUGUUGGGCAAAUGGUAUCUGACCAAUCCCUCAGGUGUCGGCUCAAAGAUUCCAGGUGCUAGUACAGAGUUCUCUUACAGUUACUCAGAUAAUCAGUACCUGGACUUUUCAGCUGAUGAAACUGGGCUGUGGGUAAUCUAUGCAUCAGAUAACAAUGGUAAGAUGGUCCUUGGUAAAUUUAAAUCUGACAGCUCUUCGAGCUUAGAGAGAACCUGGUAUACUGGCAUCUUAAUGGAGAUGGCGGGCAACGCUUUCAUGGCCUGUGGAGUCAUGUAUGCCACCAGACCAGUGGAUCCCAAGACUGAAGAGAUCUUCUAUGCAUAUGACACCAAGACCAGGGAGGAGAAGCACCUCAGCAUUCCUUUCCAGAAGUUCCAGGAGACAUACACCAACCUGCACUACAAUCCCACCGAUCAGAAGCUCUACAUGUACAACAACGGCUACUACGUCACCUAUAAUGUGAGAUUUAACAAAGAGUGA